UCGGUAUGCAACCAUUUCGGCUGUAAAAAAUGCGCACAAAUUUAAAGUUCAAAAGUUGGCAGCGAGAAACAAAGUGAAAGUAAGGAGAACAAUCAAGCAAAAAAAAAACAAACAAGGAAAAAUGCGAAAAUUCUUCAGAUGUUGUUCUUUAAUGCAUACGAAAUACUCAAAUAAAUUAUCAUCAGCCUAAUCAACAUCAGCGUUGUCAUCGGCGGGAGGAGCAGUUGGUGGGAAACUUUUCAUCUUGUAAGGACCAGAGGUUCGAGGGACAACCAAUGAGCGGUGCCCCAGGAACGGGAACAGGUGGCCCAAGUGGAGCGGUGGGCGGUGGUGCCACCCACAUCUUUCGUUCGCUGUCAUCGGAGAGCCAGAAGCGGGAGUGGUCCAAACGCCUGUCUCUCCGGGGAAUGCGCCAUGGAGCAGCAGCAGGAGCAGGAGGUGCCGGAGGAGCUGGCGGUACUGGAACUUCGAGCCUGGCCAGCAGCAAGGAGGAGAGCAAGCACAGAAAGUUCUUUAGCCGCUCGGCCUCGUUGCGUCAGACGGGGAGCCAACAGGCCUCCAUGGAGCUGCAUGUGCCUGGGCAGGAGGGCAAGGGCGGAGGUGGUGGUGGAGCCUCCUCCGGAGCGGGCUCACCGCAGACCCAGACCCAGCCGUCGACGCCCAAGAAGUCCAACUGGGAGGUGAUCGAACAUUUCAAUACGAGUGCCAAGGGAGGCAAGGCCAUGGUUAGCAGCAGUUUGAUUGCGGCUGGGAUAACCCGUUGCAAUAUAGACGAAUCCAUGGACUCCACCAACUCCAGCUCCACCUGCCACAGUCCCAUGAUCUAUCAACGUGACGAGACGCAGCUGCUGCAGCCAGGCGAUGCCGGCAAUGUGGAGGCCAACAAUCCGAUUCCGGGCGGCGGAGGAUCCGGAACUGGCAAUGCUCCUGUGAGCCCCAGCAUUUCCUUCUGGUUCCGUUUGAACCGCAUCAUCCUGCGCCUCUGCUCCACGCACCAGUUCAAGAAUCUCCAGGUGGAAAUGCUAUAUCAGCGUUACUUUCUGCGUAUGAACCAGAGCAAUACGACGCACAUUUUGGCUCUGCUGUUAGCAUUGAUUUUGGCCCUGUCCUGCACGCAUUUGGUCUUUACCACGAUGCAGCUGCGACGCCAUGCCACCCUAUUGUUGGAAAUCAGCGAAAUCGGACUGGAGGCAAAUGCGACCUUUGGCAACUUGACGACCACCACAAUGAAGCCACCGGCAUCAACGGGUCAAAUUGCCCAAGGCAGGAGCUUCGUUCCUAUACUCGACCUGGGCCUCAGUUCCAAUGCCAGUUGGGUGGCCAGUGAGUUGGGUGGCUCUGAUUUGAAAUCCUCCUAUAACCGCGACCUCGCCGAUUUCGAAGCGGACGAUUAUGGGCAGCCAGGCAGGCAGUGGCGCCGGCAGAAGCGCAAACAUUAUCGACGCCUCCACAAGCAUCGGUACAAGCACAAGUCACACCAACAACAUCGCACCAGAUACAGGAUAAGGGAGAAGCGGAGUCUGCAGGAUAUUGGGUUGGUUAAGGGGGCAGACAACCCAUCCCAAUACCAAUCCCAACUGAUUGUUGACUCUGCCCCCAACGAGAAUGAUGAUGAUGGUGUGUACACAGUUGCCCGUGAUGAUGACGCUGAUGAAGGGCGUAGAGUUGGCAGUAAACGCAUUACGUAUACGCCGCGUGUCCGCGACAACAAUCAAAUUUCACAAGCGGAACGUGAUGAAGUGUUAAAUACAUCGUCAAACGCAGGGCCUGCAACCGAUAAUUUCGACUCACUCCCUCUGGGCUAUGGCCAACUCAUGUCCGUGAUCCUGAUGCAGGUUGAUGAGUCCGUCCUGGUCUUCCUCAUUGUCAUGCUAAUCUGCGGAAUAGUCUAUGCCUUCCUCCUGUGCAUUCUCUCCAAGCCGGCCAUGAACGAGAUCUUCUUGGUCCUCGUGUCCUACGUCAUUUUGGGCACCUUCCUCGCCAUCGAAGUGGCCGUCAGCUAUGCCAUGCAACCCAGCAAAUCCUUCAACGGCAGCGCCUGCUGCAUCGUCCUCAUCUACAUGACCUACACGAUGCUGCCCCUUCGCCUGCGGGAGGCCCUGAUCGGUGGCAUCCUCUUGAGUGUCGUCCAUCUGUAUACCUGCCUGAGGUUCACCGCCAUGCAGGAUGAGGCAGUCGAGAUGCUGCACUGGGAGGAGCUGCUCUGCACUUUGGUGGCCCUCCUCCUGGCCAACCUCACCGGGGUCUACACCCACUGGCCCAAGGAAAAGGCCCAGAGGAAGGCUUUCAUCGAGACGAGGCAGUGCAUCGAGGCCAGGCUAAGGACACAGCGCGAAAAUCAACAACAGGAACGCUUGUUGCUGUCGGUGCUGCCGCGUCAUGUGGCCAUGGAGAUGAAGGACGACAUUGCGGGCCAGCCACGUGACACACAGUUCCAUAAGAUAUACAUCCAGCGGCACGAGAAUGUCAGCAUUCUUUUUGCGGACAUUUGUGGUUUCACCAGCCUCUCGGAUCAGUGCACCGCCGAGGAAUUGGUGCGUCUGCUGAACGAGCUCUUUGCCCGCUUUGAUCGAUUGGCUGCGGAGCAUCAUUGUCUACGCAUUAAGCUGCUGGGCGAUUGUUACUACUGCGUCUCCGGGCUGCCAGAACCCCGUCCGGAUCACGCCCAUUGUGCCGUUGAAAUGGGACUCGAUAUGAUUGACGCCAUCGCCCUGGUCCGCGAGGUUAUGGCCGUGAAUGUGAACAUGCGAGUGGGCAUCCAUACGGGCCGGGUGCACUGCGGCGUUCUGGGCCUGGUCAAGUGGCAGUUCGACGUUUGGUCCAACGACGUCACGUUGGCCAACCACAUGGAGAGUGGCGGGAUACCCGGACGCGUUCACAUCACCAAGGAGACUUUGAAGUGUCUGGACGGCGAUUACGAAGUGGAGGUCGGCAAGGGAAACGAACGCAACUCGUAUCUCAAGGAUCAUCAGAUAGAGACGUACCUAAUUGUUCCAGGGGAUAUAUACAGGCCACACAAAAAGUCCAGGAAUCGCCUGCAAGUCAACGGAAAUAUUUCCAAGGAACUUCGCAUGAUGGGCCAUGGAACAGCACAAAAGCACACUUCCAAAUUUGGCUUUGGCGACAGUUCGGAAAGUGCCAAGGAUCCCGAGGAUGAGGUCAACGAGUAUCUGAUGCGUGCCAUUGAUGCCCGGAGUAUUGAUCACUUGAGGGCCGAACACUGUCAGUCUCUGCUGCUCUGCUUCAAAGAUAAAGUGCUGGAAAGAAAGUACGCCAGCGAACCGGAUCGCAUGUUGUGUGUUUACUUCUACUGCAGUCUGUUGGUUUUGCUCGGGACCAGCAUAAUGCGGCUGGUGGUGUUCCAGAGCUCCCUGCUGACGUUGGCCUUGUCCACUGGCGCUGUGCUGCUGCUCGGGCUUCUGGUAUUUCUGGUGGCAUGUCAUAAAAUCAACUUUCAGCUGCCAUCGGACAUCAAACGCUUCUCAUUGCGCAUUCAUAGCAAUCGCAGGAUAUCGCAGUUUUUCGCCUUCGCCAGUGUGGCCCUGAUUGUCCUCACCACUCUGCUGGCCAUGUUCCAGGAAUCUGGCCGCCAGUUGGAGUUGCUCCAGAGGAAGCGCUUCUGGAUGGAUGUAAAUGGGACUGUUAGUCUCAAUGCCACGGAGUUUACGCCAGAAAUAUUCGGCGUCCAGGAUCCUGAGUGUGAUUUCUAUAUGGCCUAUAAUACGUUCCUGCUGCUCACACUGCUCUCGAUGAUGAGCUGUGCCACCUACCAAGUGCUGAGGAUUCUGCUGAAGCUGCUGCUGCUCCUUUUGGCCUCCGGCAGCUACAUGGCCUGCUCCACCUACUUGUACUCGCGCAGCAGGGAAAUAAGCCAAGAGCUGGCGAAUGAGGAGGCCUUGCUGCGCUACAUAAUUGAUUCCAUCUUCCUUUUCGCAUUUAUGCUGGCCCUGAUCUUCCACAGCCAUCAGACGGAGGCCACUUACCGCCUGGACUUCAUCUGGAAACUGCAGGCAACGGAGGAAAAGGAGGAUAUGGAGCACCUGCAGGCUUAUAACCGUAAACUGCUCGAAAACAUUCUGCCCGUUCACGUUGCCGAGCAUUUUCUCAGCCGCGAAAAGCACCUUGACGACCUCUACCACGAGCAAUGCGACUCGGUGUGCAUUUUGUUCGCCAGCAUUCCCAACUUCUCCGAGUUCUACGUGGAGCUGGAGGGCAAUAACGAGGGCGUCGAGUGCCUGCGACUGCUCAACGAGAUUAUCGCCGACUUCGACGAGCUGCUCAGUGAGGAGCGCUUCCGCUGCAUCGAGAAAAUCAAGAGCACGGGCGCCACUUACAUGGCGGCAUCCGGAUUGACGGCGAACACCUGCGACCGGGUGAACUUCAGCCACGUGACCGCCAUGGCCGACUAUGCCCUCCAGCUGUUCGACAAGAUCGAGGAGGUCAACAUGCACUCCUUCAACAACUUUCGGAUGCGAAUAGGGAUUAACAUUGGUCCUGUGGUGGCUGGCGUUAUUGGAGCCUGCAAGCCUCAAUAUGACAUUUGGGGGAACGCCGUCAAUGUGGCAUCGCGAAUGGACUCCACGGGUCUUGUGGAUCACAUCCAGGUGACACAGGAGAUGCAGCAGAUACUCGAGGGGCGUGGCUUCGAGCUCACCUGUCGCGGCAGCGUGGACGUGAAGGGCAAGGGGUCCAUGAUCACCUACUUCCUGAAGGGUAAGAAGCCCAUAGAAGUGAAAGAGGACUUGGCCAAGGCCGAGAUUGAGCCACCAAAGACCUUGACUUUGGCCAAGGAGCCAGAAAAGUUAGCUAAUGAAGUGGAGAAGCAGCAGGAGCCAACCAAAGACGAUUCCGAGGAGCAGGAGGAUGACCUACUACCCUCACCCGACAUCGAUAUGAACUCCAAUAUGCAGAACCUGACAGCGCAGAGGAGGAAGUCUCUUUGCCGGCAGCACAAUAUAUCCUCCUCCUUUGGCACCACUGUGAGCAGCUCCACUGGCAUAACCCCCAGCAUUUCCAACAGCUCCAGUGUGGUUACCAUCGGUGCCCUGCCCGCCAUCCUACGAAGUGGUAAUCCAAAUUCAAAUCCAAAUCCCACAACCACCGAUAGUUGCUCGGAGUGUGGAGGAGCGAAUAAGUCUCUGGCCACGCCCACUGCCCCGCCGAGAACUCUGGUGGCGGAUCUCAAGGAUGAGAUAGCCAGGGAUGAGAAGAUUGGACUUAAGGACUCCAUUGAGAACCUGGAGAUCCUCCUGAAGAACAACAUCAGCCUGUCCGAUCUGAGCAACAAACAGCAACAGAAUCUUCGGGGGGAAACGAGCAGUUCUACUAAUACUACUCUGCGGAAAAGGGACACCAUCGUGAGUUUCAACGUGACGGAGACGGUGACCACCACAGCCACACCCUACUCCUCUUCUUCCGGGUCAUCAAACUCCUCCUCGCAGCAGAAGAAACGUCGCUCGGUGACCACCAUUGCGGCGAGUUUCACCACCUCGACAACCACUCGAUUGCUGUCCAAUGAAAGUCAGAGCUCCACGCAGACGGCGCCUGGAACUCUGGAGAGUGGUGGCUCGGUGCCAGAGCAAUCCUCCACCGAGAACUCAUCGCAGGACUGGCAGCCUCGCACUGCAUCACUGGAACCCAACCGAAGUCCCAUCAAGACCUCGCAAUCUAUGAGUCCGAUUGGCCAACUGACCACCGAGGUGUUUGUCCUGCCCAACAGCCGGAGUAUGGUGCUCAUCAGCAGCACGAACGGAACGGUUUCCGGCUUGGGAACGAGUGGAGGUGGUAGCAGCCCGAGGACCGGACUCCUGCAGGAUGUCAGCACGUAAAGGAUGCGCAGGCAACCGUGUAAAUAUGUACAAAACCGUCGGCACUUAGUUGAGGCUUAGAGGUAGCACUAACGGUAAAGAUAAAGGUAACGGUAAGGAUAAUGGUUAGGGCUAGGCUGUAGGUAACUUAUAGAUUGAUUGGGCUUGCCAGUACUCGGUACAGUGGAACUUCUUUAGAUGGGUACUUCUCUUUUAUCUUAUUUAUUAUAAAAAAAAAAAUAAUAUAAAUUUUGACUAUGAAAUGAUUCUUGAAUACAAAAAUCUUCACUGAUAAUAAGAAGGUUAAAUAAAAUUAUAAAAUUCAGUUGGUAAUUAAAAUAUACCCAUAGAUUUCCUUAUCAAUUCAUACGGGUUUUCCAAUUUUUAGACAUUUUAGUAUUAGUCUUAUUCCACUUAAAACUUAUUUAAAAAACGUUUAUUUCGAAAAUAUAUAAUAGCAAAUCCAAUACCAAUAUUUUACCAUUUUUCAAGAAUUUAAAUGUACUUUCUUUUGUAAGUGUUCAUUCUUCAGAAGUUCGACUGUACUCACAGCUUUCCCCUUACCCCCUGUAUGAUCUCGCAUUUAAUGUAGCUUUACAUGUUCCUCAGUUAGCGUUUCAGGGCACCAACAAAAAGUAAAUUCCAUAUCAAACACAAAACCAAAGUACGAAAGCAGAAUCUUGCACUUCAACUGGGUACCAAAGAGCAUUGUUAGAACUGUUAGGCAUUCGAUAGGUUGUAAGUUGGGCGGCGAGUCCUUGGGAUGGAGUGUAGGUGUGUAAGGUUCCUAUGUGUGUUUGCAGUAGUUUGUAAAUUUCAAAAAUGGAUAAGUGUGCAAAAGAAAUCGAAUUUAAAUGUUCAUAAAUAAGUAUUAUAUGUUGCUAUGGGGAAUGCAAUUUGAAAAUAAUGUAUGUAUAGGGUGGCCAGAUAUUUCUUAUUUAUGAUUUAGUUUAUUACCAAAAUAAAUGUUUUUAUUGCAUAAAGUUGAAGCUGAUUGCAUUCCCCCGAAGGGCAUUUCCACACCAAGUUAAGGGGCAGUCUUCAUCAUAAACUCCAUAUUACCAUAUUAUCAUAUCAAGAACAAAGAACCCUAAACUUUUUUGGCUGUCCCUAACUGGUGUUCUCUCCUUAACUAAAACAAAAAACUGUCAAUUGAAAUGCAACAAAAAAACUAUAUUUAAUUGUUGCACAAACGAUAUUUACUAGUAUCUAAGUUCAGAUGAAAAGCGUAUCAAAUACAAGCCACGUUGAAUGUUAAGAAGUAUCGUUUAUAUGUAACGUUAAAUGUGUUUCAAUGUCUGUAUGUCUCAAUGUUGCUGAAAGCAUCAACACUAAAUAUAAAGUAUUUAAACAAAUACAACAUAAAUAUAUAUGUAAAAUGUGUAAACAAAAUGGAAAACCAAAGAAAAACAAACAAAAUUCUCGCUGUGAUUUCUAUGAAGAAGAUGAAAGAUGCAUAAAUUAUUUUAUAACCUUUUGUUACUUAGUUUUAACUCGCAAGUUUUACGAAAGCCUCUCGGCCACCUUUGACUACGACUAGCUACGAACUAUAAUUUAACUGAAUAUGAAGUAUCCUAUAUAGUUUAUAUAUAUACAUAAGUGUACGCGUGUAUUGAACUUGAUGUUGAUUAGCUUUGAUGUUCAGUUUCAUGUUGAUAAAGAAACCAAAAAAUGUAAAUGUUUCAUUGUGCAGUCAACAAGGAAAAUAAAAAGCAAAAUGUGUUAAUAAAUGGCGCCAU